UUGGCGAGCUCUGCACGUUUUUCGGGAAGAAACGUGCUGUGAGGUAUUCACCCUCAAUAUCGCAGCAGGUCAACACGACAUCGGCAAUUAGCCAUGCGGAGCGAGUUGUAGGGAGAAGGUUCAUGGGCAUCAGCGGGUUUGGCCGUGGAUGCACACUCACGUUCAUCUGCUGCGAACGAUGCGUUUGUGCACUCCAUGACUUCUCCGCCACCCCGGAUCCCGGAUCAUUGAUGCGUAUUCUUCGGUGCCAAGCAAUCGUUCUUAUGGUUCAAAAAGAUUGGGAAGUCUUGGGCGAUUUCAUAAUGCCUCAUGCAUGCAUGACGUGUGAUGGUUUCCAGCAGGUAUCAAUCAUUUUCCAUUGCGAUACGGACAGAUUUAAUAUUAUAGAUAUCCAAACGAAAACGAAUGAACUCUUGAUUACAAGGCAGAUCAUAAAAUAUUAAUGAACUGGUAAGAAACUGCGCAACGUGAGACUGAGUAAAUCCG